AUGCAGAUGGGUAUGUCACGGUGCUCGGUGACCGGAAGUGAGGUUUUAUGCCACUGAACCCUAGUGUGUCAUCUGAGUUCAUGUUCAAUCGUUGCCCGGUCAUCAAAAAAAUUGAAAUUUCAAUAUGAAAUUAAGGACAUUCGUUUGAUUUAUCUCAUUUGGUAUAAUUUGAGAGGACCGAGAGUUCUAGAAUCAUAUAUUAAUUUGCAUACGAAGCAAAUAAGGACUGCUUGAUCACAUGAAUUUCACCUGAUCUCAGCACAAUUUAACAGUGGGGAGAAAAUCACUUCCAAUCAAAGUAAACAAGAUUGCUCCUACCAAUCACAGCGCAGUAACAGGACAAUUCAAAGACGUCACCUGCCAGAGGAUCUAAUAGCCUUCAAAAAAUUUUUGUUCAACGCUCUCACGUCGCGACCUUCUCGCUUUAUGGGGUUCUGAGAGAGGUGCGGGAGAAGUCCAUCUACAGGAAAGAUUUUCCGCAGAAGGAAAGUGGGUUGAUUGAACUCACUGUUUAAGUCGCAGCCAAAAAUCAGCUGUUACGCUCCAUUUCCAUAAGUAACAAGAUGCUGUGCUGCAAGAAGAAGCCUUUGGACAAAAAGACCGAGCCUUUGGUAGAAUAUCCAGAUGGAGGAUGGGGCUGGUUCGUAUGCCUAGCAACUUUUACCACUCAGUUUAUAGUUCUUGGAACCAUGAACAAUUUUGGCGUUAUGUACGUUGAAUUACUGAGAGAAUUCAACGUGGGCAAAGCAGAGGCAGCAUGGGUAGGCUCGAUUACCUAUGGUAUGAUGUUCCUACUGGGACCAUUGGGUACCACAUUGUGCAAAAAAAUUGGCUGCCGUUUGACCACCAUAAUUGGAUGCUCCACAGCUUCAGGGGCAUGUCUCUUAGCUUCCAUUGCACCAAACAUCUAUGUAAUGGACCUGACAUAUGGCCUGAUGUUUGGAGUUGGGGCAAGUUUGUGCUACUUCCCCACUGUUGUCAUCUUGGGUACAUACUUUAAUAAGAAGCUCUCCCUUGCCAAUGGCCUGACCUCAUCUGGUAGUGGUGUUGGAUCGCUAGCCAUGGGUCCAGUCCUACAGGGAUUACUGUCUAGGUUUGGUAUGAGAAACACUAUGCGGAUAUCAGCAGCCAUGUUGGCAUGUAUCAUUGUCAUUGCACUGGUAUAUCGCCCAAUAAAUACCCCUUUCUUAAAUGGAUCCAAGUAUGAUAAAGAAAAGGAAGCCAACCAAAAGAAAAAGGGCUGCGCAAGGUUUGUUGAUUUCAGUCUUUUCAAGAACAAGGCAUACCUGGUGUGGUGUGGCUCACUUUCAUUCUGGAUGUUAGGAUACUUUGUUCCCUUUGUACAUCUCAUCCGUCUUGCUACUCUCCAAGGAAUAGAUAUGUUUAAAGCUACCCUCCUCAUUGGAAUGAUGUCUGUAGGCUCUACAGUUGGAAGGUUAUUCUUUGGCAAGAUUGCUGAUCAUCCAAAGAUUAACCGUCUGUACCUCUAUCAGUUCUCCUUCCUGAUGAUUGGUAUUAGCAACACCAUCUGUCCUCUCAUGACAAACUAUGGUGGUCUUGCUUUCUAUGCCACAUUUUUUGGGUUCUUUGAAGGAUGUUAUGUACUCCUGGCUCCUGUUUUAACUGGUGAUAUUGUUGGACGUAACAACAUGGCAACAGGUGUUGGUGUUUUGUUUGCUAUAAAGUCUGUACCUCUAACUAUUGGGCCUCCUCUUGCUGGUUUCAUUUAUGAUACAUCAAAUUCUUAUGAAGUUGCUUUCUACAUUGCUGGUGCUGUACCUAUCCUUGCUGCCUGCAUUAUGUUUGCAAUUCCAUUCUUGAUGCCAAAAGACCAAGAGGAUGAAACAGACCAUAAACACUAUGGCAAAUUUGAAGUCAUCAUGGAUGAGAAAGAGGAAGAAGAUAGAAGUUCUGGUUAUGACUCACAGCCUCGCAUCCCACAAUUGUUYAUUGAGCCAGCAACACCUACUUUGCCACCAGAAUCCUUAAGAUCUGAAUCUCUCCCACAAAUUCCACCCCACAUAUUACAUAAUCCUAAGAGACUGUCUGGAGAUCAUACUGAGCUCCGUCCUAUCUCAUCUAUUCCAAAACAUCUUCGUCCAAAAUCAGUUCAGAGCUUCGCAAGUCUUACUGGUUCACAUGUUAGCAUUAACAGCAUAUUAAGUCGAUCUGGGCCAAGCACUUACAACAUGAAUGCUUUGCCACCAAUCCAAGAGAACAGUGACCAUUAUAAUGUGAGAAGAAGUAGAGUGCUCGAGCUUCAAAGAGAACUGAGCCCAUCUGUGUUCUCUCUUGUGAGAAGACGGUUGGAACUGGGAGCUCCCACUAAUAAGAAAACCAUGAUACCUAAACAGAUAUCAGCCAGCAAGUAUGGUGGCAGUAUUGGUUGUAUCUCUAUUACAAGUGAUGCUGUUCCUCUUGCUUACUCUGAAGAAGUUGCAAAAGAAGAAGACAGGGAGAGAGAAAUAAUGAUUGGAAAAGUAUCUUGUGUUUAAGAUUUCAUUUUGCCUCUUCAAAAAACAAAGGUUUGAAGCUUAAAUGGGAAGGGAUUUUCUGAUUCAUCAAAGAAUAACUUCAAAGUUUUUACAAGAGAAUAAAAAUUCUUCUGCAGAAUUUUUUUCUUACCAAGACCCAAAAAAGAAAACACUUCCAAAGCGAAAGCAUUAUUGAAGUGCCAUACUUACCAAGAGUAAAGUAUUAAGAACAGAAGUGGCACAAGCUGCUUGCAACAUGUUAACUGAGAUUCAUUUGAAUCAAGAUCCUCAAAUGAAUAAACAUUGUUAAAAGAGGAGAAAGCAAAACUAAUUGAAAAAAAUGUUUGCUAUAGUGCUGUUACUUUGUUUAAGAUAUUUCACGCAAGCUUGUUAGUUUAUCACUUAGCAUUCGUAGUUUUCAUUAUGAAUCUAGUGACACAAAACUGUUAUAUGGAAAAAUAUUUUAAACUUUAUAAAAUUUUAUAAAGGUUUAAGCACAAUGGUAGCUGCACAAGUGAAUUUUAUAAUCUAAAGCUUAGAACUGCACAAAUUCAAAUUUUCUAGUCUACUUUCAAAGUUUAGGGGAAAUUUUGGGAAUUGGAUAUCUYUAUACUUGACUCAAAAAUAUAAAUGACCAUGAAUUAGCUAACUAUGGAAAUCCAAAAAGUAUAUUUAUUGAAAAACAAAGAGACAGAAAAAAAAAACAAAAAGAAAAAUGAUGAAAAAUAUGUUUUCGAAUUCAAUAUUCAUGCAGCUUUAUAAAAAAUAAAAAGUUUAACAACGUGUUUGUCAAUCACAUUGUAUUUUACUUAUUCAGUCAUAAUUAUUAUAUAUUUCCAUUAUUUGUUUACUUCUGCAGCUACCAGUCUAAUUAUCAUAAACAUUGAUGUGUUUCGAUACCACUGAUACUAUGUCUUAGUCUUCUUAUGGCAAUGAAUUAACUUAAAAAAUCAAAAGACAAAAAAGAAGUUGAUAUAUUUAUAACGUUUUUGAUUAUUUUUGAACUCAUUUUGGAGUUUUUAUAUAAAAUCAUUAUCAUAGUUUAUCUAACAAGUUUAAUUAGCAGCUUGUUUUAGAGCUAGUGUAGUGUUAGAAUUCAAAGUUGAAAGGCAUUUAUAAAUUGAAUUUAAUCAAACUCUUGGAAAUCUCACCAUACUUUAUAGUCCACAAACACUCCUUACAUGGCUUACACAUUUUGAAAAAAGAUAUUUUGUCCUUUCAUAGGUUGCACAGGGUAUCACCCAGUAAAUCCAAGAGAUAAGAUUAAAAUUCUAGUAAAAAGAUUGUAAUUCAAGUCAAGAGUUUUUCUACAACUACAAAAAAAUAGUCCUGUACUGGGUAAAAG